AUGGAAAUUAUUGAUCUCAUUGUUGAUAUUUUCUUUAUUAUUGAUAUCAGUAAGGAAAAUAAUAAUUUUAUUAAAACUUUAAUUUAUUUUAUUAAAGUAAUCAACUUUAGAACUACUUAUGUUAACGACAACGAUGAAGUUGUCAGUGAUCCAGGGAAAAUUGCAUUACACUAUUUUAAGGGAUGGUUCUUUAUUGACGCGGUAGCAGCUGUCCCUUUUGACUUGUUAUUGGUCGAGACUGAUAGUGAUGAGACUACAACAUUAAUUGGCCUUUUAAAAACUGCUCGUCUUUUGCGUUUAGUACGGGUAGCCAGAAAGCUUGAUAGGUACUCUGAAUAUGGGGCGGCUGUUCUCUUACUUUUAAUGGCUACAUUUGCUUUAAUUGCUCAUUGGCUAGCUUGUAUUUGGUAUGCCAUUGGCUCUACUGAAUUACCACAUAAAAAUAUCACUUGGCUUCAUCAACUUUCUCGACAUCUAAAUGAGCCUUAUCUUAGAACUAAAAAUGGUUCAAUAACUGCUGGAGGUCCUUCAUUAAAAUCUCGUUAUGUCACUUCUCUUUAUUUUACUUUAUCAACCAUCACUUCUAUUGGUUUUGGAAAUGUUAGUGCCACAACUGAUUCAGAAAAAAUAUUUACAAUAAUUAUGAUGAUACUGGGCUCUUUAAUGUAUGCCUCUGUUUUUGGAAAUGUUUCUGCGAUUAUUCAAAGACUUUAUAGUGGAACGGCUAGAUAUCAUACAGAAAUGAGUCGCUUGCGCGAAUUCAUUCGUUUCCAUCAAAUACCAAAUCCACUUAGGCAAAGACUAGAAGAAUAUUUUCAACAUGCCUGGUCCUAUACAAACGGGAUUGAUAUGAAUACAGUGCUUAAAGGCUUUCCUGAUUGCCUUCAGGCAGAUAUUUGCUUACAUUUAAAUAGAAAUUUGCUCAAUAAUUGCGCUGCUUUUUCUAAAUGCUCACCUGGAUGUUUGAGAGCUUUAAGUAUGAGGUUUAGAACGACACAUGCUCCACCAGGCGAUACUUUAGUUCAUCGUGGUGAUAUACUUACCGGUCUAUAUUUUAUUGCACGGGGUUCUGUUGAGAUAGUAAAAGAUGAUUUGGUUGUAAGCAUUAUUGGUAAAGACGAGGUUUUUGGUGAAAAUCCAAUGCUUAACGAGGAUGUUGGUAAAGCUAGUUGCUCAGUUCGUGCUCUAACUUAUUGUGAUUUACACAAAAUUCUUCGAGAUGAUCUUUUGGAUGUUUUGGAAAUGUAUCCAGAAUUUGCUGAACAUUUCUGCAAACAUUUAUUAAUUAAUUACAAUUUGAGAGACGAAACUUUGUCGAGGAAAAAUCAUCCUCCAAGAUUUUUUCAUCCUCCGUUAACUGGAAGACUUUCUUCCUCUUCGUCUAUACAAAAACAACAAAAUCAGAAUCAACAUAAUCAAUUACUGGUAAUGCCUAUGCAACGCGGGGUUAAUCAGAAUAACAGAGAAAAUCUGUGUGAAGAUUUCCGAGCAUAUUCGUCCCAAUUUCGCCCAUUAUUUGCGGAUGAAUUAAGGCCGCAGGUGUCAGUUGAAGCGCCUACACCAACUUCAGCUACAAUACCACAUGAACAACAAAAUUCUACAUCAACCGGUUAUGGUUGUGUUCUUCGUUCACUUACCGGAAUGGGUUCAAGUUUAAAUGGACAACAACAACAAACAGAAGAAAAUAAUUACCCAAAAUCCCCUCCUCUUCCACCAAUUUCUUCAACUUUUGGUCCAAAUAUAGACCAUACAUUUCCAGCUGUUGAUGCUUCAGAAAAUGGAGGAGGAGAAGAAAGAAUAUUAAAUAAUAACAAUAAUUCUUCAUUUUUAUUAACUUCAUUUCACCCUCCCCCACCCCCACCACCUCCUCUUCCCCCACUUCCUCCUUUAAAUUAUGGAGAACAACAACAACAGUUAUAUUUAUUUAGACAACAACAAAAAAAUGAGGAACGUUUUGAUCAACUUAAUAGGCGUUUGGAAAAUAUUGAAACAACAUUAGAAUCAAUGCAAAAUAAGCUAAACUUAGACCUGGAAGAAUUACUCACAUUUUUUCGUCACCACCAACAACAACCGACAGAACAAAAAUUACCUUCAUCUUCUACUUAUUGUUUACCCAAACAAAAAUAUUCUUCAACAUCUUUAAAUUUACAAAGAAUUUCCCAAAAUAUUUGUAGAAGUGAAUCAACAACACCUGAGGCAGAUGAAAGGGAGCAGGAAGAGGAGGAAGUUGGUGAAAGUGGUAAUGGGGGAGUUGGAAGGAGGAAAUCAACAAAUAUUGUAAUAAAUAAGGUGAUUAAUACUAGAGAUCGGUCUGGAUUUUUCCUGGAUCCAGAUCAAGAAUCCUGUCCAGGUUACUAA